AUGCGGUCCGAGGCAUGCGGUGCGCGACACAUUCUGGCGAUUCAUGCAUGCAGUUCGGGAUGCUGGUGGUCUCCGCGCAUCUCUGGGCACUGGAACCUCAAGAACCCUGGCGCCCGCAUGUAG